AUGGCGAUGGUUUUGCACUGGUAUGGUCUGCUGGUCACCCCGGAGCUGUGCCUCCUGAUCGAGCUGUGCGAGCCGCUGGUCGGGCCGCUGUUCAUCAGCGCCGUGCUGCGCUACAGCAGGAACAUCACCAGCAAGGCCAACAGCGACACCACUGGUGUUCUGGUCGCCACCGCCCACUAUGGAUUCGGCCGAGGCAUCUGCGCCGCCCUAAUUGGCGGGCUCAUGUUCUGCCUGGAGCUCGACUUCCCGCAGAGUGCGCAGAUCCUGGGCGGCACUGCCCUGGCAUCUGGCGUCAUCUACUACCUCUUCUGGCACUGCUGCUUCAAAUACGUCCGCCAGGUGAUGCCAGGGUCGUCGGAUGAGCGCGGACCGGGGCCGGCCGACACCCGCGCCGACCUGUCCACCAUCGAGGAGGACAAGAAACCGAGCCCGGUGUGGACCCGGCCUGCCGAACACCAGACGCCCAGCCUGGUCUGGAUGGGCGAUUAA